UAGCCAGCUCACAUGUUUGCAGUGCUCGCAGCGAGACGGGCAGACAGGCCUCUCUCUUGCUAAUCUAAUGUUUCACUUUCUACCCUCAUUUUCCCCAAAAUCUCAACCCAUUUUUGCGGGUGAGUGUCUGCACUCAGUCCCACUGUAUUUGUAGCGCUGUUAUUUUUUCACUUUUCACUACACUAUAAUCAUAUUCUUGCAGAAUAUCGUACUUUUGUGGUGGUUAGACCGUUUGAGCCUGUGGUAGUUUGGGCGAAAAAGACUUUUCACUGUUGCGCACUCCUUCAGAUGUGUGACCUGAAGCCAUGUAAGCCCCACCCCUGCACACUUAAAAAACAUAAACCUUUUUUAUCUUAAUUAACUUGAAAUAUUGAACAUGAUCAAUUUGUUAAUUCAUUUUAUAAGGGAUUGCGAUUGUAUUUUCAUGGUGACAUUUAGAUAAAGUUUGGCAUGAGAACUGAUAAGUAGAUAGCUAAUCAUGCUACAUAUAUUCUUUUCCAGCCUGAUGUUGGGAUCCUUCCAUUUGAAUGUGUUGAAUUUGAGCUUUGCUAUUUUCGUCUACUUUAUGUCUUGCGAUCGCUAUGGUUUAAGUCUGCAUUCUAAUUUGAUACCAAGUUGAAGGGGAAAGUUGAACAAACAUGAUAAAGCAGGAGCCAUGCGAACAUGCACCCAACCAGAGAUAAAGCCUCAUUUUCGGAGGAAUGCCCACACUCUCAUCCAGACACUCACGCACAGUGACAGGUUCAUACGGCUGCGCAGUGCAGGGAUGGGAACACCAAUGUAAAUGAAAUCUUAUUACAAGAUUAAACACUCACUAAUGCAAUCAUCAAACUUCCCGCACACAGAGCAAUGAACACAUUCAUGAUCUGUCUCCUUUCUACUUUCUGCUCUGUGCUCUUUGCAUUGUGUGAGGUGUAAUCGGGAGUGUUGGACACUAUUUGAAUUUGUAUUCACGUACACCCAUUGACAACUGGUGUACCCCACCCUCGGGGAAACUGUAAUUACUGCUCAGAGGUGUAGGCAUGGUCCCCGCGUUUGUGACGCUCAUGGCACAAACACGUUGAACUCCAGAAAGCGUUUUGUGUGAUUGGUUUAUUGCUCAGACCACGGCCCGUUUGUUAUUUAUUUAACCACUGGCUAAGCAGACUUAACCAACCGUUAACUUUAACGGCACCGUUACCUUGUUGUCCAAAACUCUGUUAACUUUAACUGGCUGUUAACUUUACAUUAAAGUUAACACACCUAAGGGCCACCGCUAACUUUUUAAACGGUGGUUAACUCUCAAGAUGGAGUCGCCGGCUAACGCUGCCUGCAUGAUGCCAUACUGUCCUGUCUCCUUGCGUGCAUUGCUGAUGUCUGCGUUAUGCAUUACUGUACAUUGCAGCUUUUCAGCACAUGACAAAUUAUUUCUAUUUGCAAGACAGAAAAACAUGCUUUUAACUGCCUGGAUUUUAAAGGAUACUAUCUUAUUGAACCGUGUUAAGCUUGCAAAUUCUAUCUUAGUCAUGUUUAAGAACAACUAUUGUGAUGGAAUAAUUGUCCAUAGAGCUGUUGGAGGCUUUAUCGGCGUCACAAGAUUGUAUUUUUAUGAACUUGCAAUUUGAGGAGAUAGUUACAUUAUUUAAAAAGCUUUCCAGAGGAAUUGUAAGUGUAGUGUGUCUGAUGGUGUAGUCUUGCCUUUGCCAUGUAUUGAAAGCUGUGUUCUGUUCACUUGUGCUCAUGUGUCGUUUAUACAUGAGUAGCUAUUAUACGUAUUAUCAUCUUGGCACCAAUGUAAGGUUGAACCCAAAGACUCUUACUUUGAAAGCGAGCCGACUUUCAGUGUUUUUCCAAGCUAUAACAGCUUGUGCUGAGCAAAAUAUUUGUAACCAAAAACAUUUUUAUUUAAUUGUGUCGUUCAUAAAUUGCUCGCUUGUUUUAAUUCGUAAAACAUUUAGCUUUAAUUUGUUGGCUCUUAUUUUGAAGGCUGGUUAAGUAGUUCCGUAGGGCCGGAGGUUCAUUUUGCUGUAAAGCUGGAAACUAUGUUAAAUAUUGCUUACAGUACUUUAAUGAAUAAUAUAUUUAACUCAAAUAUUUUUUGUUUAAUACAUUUUUUAAAUUUGUUCAAUCGUUUCGCUAUACAUUUUUUUUGCUAACCCGGAAGUCAACAAAACGAGGAACUGUCGGACAUAUUGGCGCUGACCAGUGACGUCAACCACAUGGUUAACUUUGACGGUGCCAUUAACUAACGACAUGACUAACCAUGUUUUCAACAACGCAUAUUUAACAGGCGGUUAGCUAACGGCGGGUAAGGAAUUUAACCGGUGGCUAGGGGUUAACCAGUGGUUAAAAUAACCGAAUUUUGAACAACCGGGCCCAGGGUGGCAAACUGAGUGUAUGAAGGUAUGAUGACAGAAUGUGGUAUAUAAUAGCGUAUCAAAAGCCGUCAACACAAACAUGGCUUCCAAGCCUUUCCUGUCCCCUCCUCUUCCUCCCCUGUGACAAGUGUAUUUAUUCUGCACACACCCACCAAUGACCAAGUGAUCAUGUGACCACACGUCAUUUAUUGUUGAAUAACUCAUUUAGCCACAUUAUUUUGACCUGCAUGCCCCAACCAGGCUGUUGUGCAGCAAAAUAUAUACAGUGUACAGUAUACCUGUGUGUGUGUGUGUGUGUGUGUGUGUGUGUGUGUGUGUGUGUGUGUGUGUUGCAUCUCAUGCUCUUAAUGUUUUAUCUUAUGUUGGCUAGCUGCAGCUGCCCAUCCCCGGUAUGCUCGGAGACAAAGUGGUGCCGGGCGUGCUGAAACACAAGCAUCCUACACAUGCACUCCUUUCAGUUAAUUCCCAUCAUUCCAAAGCCCGUGUCCCGACAUGCUCGCUGGAUUAUUUUCUUGCUCUCUCACUUCAUCAUCCUCUCACUCGCUGGUUACUCUCUCCCACUCAGUGUUGCGCUUUCUGCUGCCUAACAUUGUGUCUCUGUGCUUGAUCCACUUCCCACCACGGCGGCCCUCUCCACAGCUCCACUGGGGAGCAGUGCAUGCUGGGAGGUGAGGAAAACCACACGGGACAGCAGCAGCAACAGCGCACACGCUUCGACUGGCUUGGCGACUUGCCUGUUUGUGUGUGCUCAUGUGCAUUUUGGUUUUUAGGGUGACAGACUGACAAGCGACCUGUGUUGGCCAAUGGAAUAUGUGGUAAAAAAAUGAUAGACAAUCACAAACGCACUAGGACAAACUCUGGCGAAGGGUCGCUCUAUCAAGUCAUUAUGAAGUACUUCACAAUAAAGGCGUGUCAGGGCCAUACUGAAAAGAAAAAUAAAAAAAAUAUUUUUAAUUUUAUUGUUAUUAUUUUAAAUUAAGGACAAACACCAUAAAAAAGUCAUAAGACAAAUUACAUUUUCAUAAAAUAAAUUAAUUAAUUCAAAUUGAAGGGUACUAAAUAAUAAGAUUCAAGAUUCAAGAGUUUUAUUGUGAUAUGCAUAGUAAAACAGGCAGUUAUACUAUGCAAUGAAAUUCUUAUUGUUCAUUCUCCCAAGAAAAGAAAGAAAACACAAGAAAAAGAAUAAGAACAUAAGAAACAUAAAUACCAACAUAAGAAACAAAUACCAUCAUGAGAAACAUAAAUACCAAUAUAUUAAGCAACAACAACAACAGAAGAGACAUUAAUACAGAUAAAUAAUACAAAUAAAUGAAUGAAUAAAUAAGUGAAUAAUAAAGUGCUAUGAGUGUGUGCGUGUGUUGCGUGCGGCGUGUGUGAGUGCUUCGUUGAGAAGCCUGAUGGCCUGUGGGUAAAAGCUGUUUGCCAGCCUUGUGGUCCUGGACUUCAAACUCCUGUAGCGUCUGCCUGACGGUAGGAGUGUGAAUAAUGAGUGUUGUGGAUGUGUGCUGUCCUUGAUGAGGUUGUGUGUUCUUCGUAGGACUCUAGUUUUAUAAAUGUCUUGCAGUGAGGGGAGGGCUGCCCCAACAAUGUUCUGUGAGGUCUUGAUCACCCGCUGGAGUGCCUUCCUAUCACGUGUUGUACAGUUACCGUACCAAACAGUGAUGGAGGCGGUAAGGACACUUUCCAUAGUGCAUCUGUAGAAGCAACUCAGGAUUGUGGUGGACAUGCCAAAUUUCCUCAGUCUCCUCAGGAAGUACAGUCUCCUUUGUGACUUCUUCAUAAUUUGUUGGGUAUUGUGAGACCAGGUGAGGUCCUCGCUGAUGUGUGUGCCAAGGAACUUGAAGGUUUUCACCCUCUCCACCUCAGUCUCAUCAAUAAACAGGGGUUUAUGCGGCUCCUUUUCCCUUGUUCUUGGGUCAAUGAUCAUCUCUUUAGUCUUAUCUGUAUUGAGAAGGAGAUUGUUAUCAUGACACCAAGCUAUGAGGUCUGGCCGGUCCUGUCCAAGUUCUCCUCGGUGAAAUGACUUGAACAGAGUUGCGAUCUGGCUGCAGGAAUCCACCUGUCUCUCCGCAUAUUUACUACCCGUUGCUUUAGAAGUUGAGCAUUGCAGUGUGGAAAUCUAAAGGAGAAUAAGGGGUCAUUUACAACUACUUAGAUGAAAAGAUGCUUACAGAUUUAAAGUAUCUAUUUUUUUUAACUAUUUUUAUUAUUUAUAAGCAUUUACCUACCUGUGAAAUGUAAGUCCCUUCUCGCGAUUUUCACGAGUAUCACAAUUUGUGCAAUUAAUAGCAGCACAAGAUGGCAUCUCGAACUCCUCUUAGUUGUUCGGCUUUCUUGUUUUGGGUGAAACAACAUGGCGGCUUCUACACUUCCGGUGGUUUCAAGCCUCCAAUGCGCAGCAAGUGAUCGGGGCCAUUCCAGUAGUAGAGUUCAGUGGGUGAUCGUUACAGGCUGCAGUAGUACUAGCCAAAAGUGACCAGCUUUUGUGAUCGCCGUUGAAAGGCAUUUUGCGGCGAAGGCCGAUCGAUCAGAGCAUCCCUAGUAAUAAAUCCAUCAAGGGAAUGACAUUUAUAAGGUUUUUCGCCGUUAAUCAGUUUCAAAUAAUAAUACAUUAAAUUGAAAGAUACAAAGAUAGAACAGAGCUACGACUAUACCAGGAAUGGGAUGACUACAACAAAAAGCAUGUUCAUUUUUCAUUUUGAUCCAGAAACUACGGAAAAAUAUCAGUCAAAUCAUGAAAACACUUGGACACUUUGUUGGACAGGGACGUUUUGUUAAAGAAGAAUCAUUGAUUUUCUUAUCUUCAUCAGUAAGGCACUGUCCACUCAGCACUGUGUAACAUUGUGACAGUGUUGAUGGAUGUGGUAGUCAUGCUGUAUGCUACUAAUGGAGUCAGCCCUUUGCUUCAGUGUGUCAUGUGUGGAUUCACACUUUUUAGGCAUGGUGUGGGCUUGCACUUCUUCCACUAAUCAUAGUACAGUAAGGGUGUUUGAUUUGGUCUUUCACAUUUAAGCUCUACUGGAUAGAUGGCAUUGUAGUGGCCAAACGUGGUACUGCAGCGCCUGUAGUGUCAUCUGAGGACUCCUGUGGAUGUCUUUGGGUGACUUCCUCUGCGUUUCCACAACACUGCCUUCUUGCGCUUUUGCUUCAGCACCAAUCGCUGCCGCUCUGCUCGGACAGCCUCUUCUCUCUGCCCACGUUCAUCAAGGUCGCACUGUGUGACCUCGUGUCAUCCUCACAGAGGGGAGGGGGAACUGUCUCCGUCCUCAAUGCACUCUCUCACUUCUCGGGUUACCAAACAUGAGUAAAGCAGUAGCAACAUGGGCAAUCAAGCCCCCACGCUCCCACCCCUCGUUUCCUCACUUAUUCCACAUCUCCAUCUCCCCCCGGAGCGCUAAUGUGCGGCAAGAGCAUCCUGCUGUGCGUACACAUGUACACAGCUAAACUGAGGUUGCGGGAGGCUGAGAGGAGAGGGGACUGGGAGGAAACAGGAUGAGAGGAAAGGAGGGAUGGGGGAGGCGUCAGACGUGUGUGUGUGUGUGUGUGUGUUACAGAGAGAGAGUGAUGCUGGGAGAUGGUAAGGGCGAGAACGGGAGGCAGCGUCACCCACCCAGACAGGGAAGGAGGGAGGGGAUGACAGACGGAGUGGAAGUGGAGGGACAGACGAGAGGAGUGCACGAUGAAGUAGUGCCAUUGUCCGCCCCGGCGGCGCUGCCAUUUCACCAUCUGCCGAGAGUGAGGGAGCAAAGGAGGACGACAGAGUAGAGGGGAGGACAGUGACUUUGUGAAUCAAUCGAACACAUCAGAGGAGAGGCACUGCUUGUUUUUUUGUUUUUUUGUCCAGGGAGUGGACGGACAGAGUGUCGGGAAAAGGAAGGAGAGGACAUCCAACAUGUCUAUCAUGUGACUACGGAGGCCAGUUAAGGAGAUGUCACCCGGUUUGUUUUUAUUAGCAAAAACAAGGAACUCAUUAGAACAGUGACUGUACUUUUUCCUCUUGUUGACUUUCUAUUCUGUCCGAGUGUAUGAUUGCUGCAGGAAUGUGUUACAAUCGUUACAUUUAAAUAUCCAGGUUGUUUUUUAUGCAAGUUUUUAGCGCAUUGAAUUGUGGACAACACUUAGCAGACACGCGCGAGUCGUGGAGCCGGUUGCAUGCCGCCGACAUGCCGUGUCAACAUUGAUUGGCUUUUAUAGUGUCUGGCACGACGCCGCUCCAACUUUGAUCAUUUCCUGAAAGCUAUUGAUCUUUCAGUGGUGGGUGGGGGUGGCGAGUUGGGAGUUUUGUCCUCCUGUUUUACCAGACAAAUUAAUAAUAACACGUGGAGACUUUGGAUGCUGCCAAAGCUCCUUUUCUGACUUCUCAGCAUCUCUUUUUAUUGUCUGUUGCCAUGGCGACGGGCUGCAGCUGCAGACGGAGCAAAAUGUGAAAGUUCUUUGUGUGAUGUUUUAAACCCGGUGCUGCUCCAUUUGCUCAUUGCAUGCGUCGAGUAGAAACGGCAGAUUGCGCUCGUGUGCAGUUUCUCAGACUCGAGACGCCUGUGCUCACCAGUCUGAGAGAAUCAGGGUUGUUUCAGGUCACCUGUCUCCCCGCACCCUCCCUCCUCAUUCUGCGUGUUCACCCAACGGCGAGUCUCCACAGCCGUCUUUGUCCUCAUCUCACCUUAACAAAAAUCAGUGGGAGGAUAAAUAGAUGGCCUUGAUGCAGCUAAUUAAUGAUCAUUAUCAUACUGUUUGUGUAGAUGACUCAGGAGUUCCACUCAUGUAGGGGUCAUCACCUGACCUACACUGUCCCUUGAGUCUGCGUCGUGCUACUUUAGAACACAUGUUUUCUAAUCUUUUUUAAUCAAGGACAUUUGUAUUCGGGGCUUGCUGGACUGUUUGCCCAAAUGCAAAAUCGGGGCGACGUUUCCAGCCAUACUUCUUUAUCAGCUUCCUGGAGACCAUCCCGGGCUGUCUCGCAGCACACGCGUGUGAGCGGCUCCUCCACGGUGCUUCUAACCCACGACCAGAUGGAUGACUAGCACACGUGUUGCUAGACAAUCCCUCUGUGGUGCUAGACUAGCGGUUGUGGGUUGGGUCUGUUUUUUUUCGUUUCUGCACCCACGACCAAGCUGGUGCGUGGGACAUCAGCUUUUUGGUGCCAAGCCUUGGUGCCGGUGUUCUGCAGGCAAGGUGUGUUGGUGCUGGCAAGGUUGACUGUUUCCUUUUGAGGAACUUAUGGGAAACUAUCCAUGUUAACAGACUGUUUCCCUUUAAGGUUGGACUAUGCAGACAGUAGACAGGAACAUUGUUUAUUUCUGGCAGGCCUGCUCUUCUCUCAGGUAAAAGACGACGAUCCGGGCGUGUUGCUUAAAGGCGAGGGGCGGCAGCGUGAGAGUACUCCAAAAUCAGGUCUCAUUACAAUCACAACAAACCCGCUGGCCUUCAUUAGCCAAUGACCUGCAUCCUCUAGCAUUACAUCACCACCGUGCUACUGUGUGUAUGUCAGGACUUAUCACUUUCCUAUGGUGCUCCGUUGGUGACUAAUUCCAAACCACGACGGCCUCACUUGUUUUCAGCCAUAUCAGGAACUUCAGUCAGGAACGCUAGCCACACUAGCCCAGUUUUAACUUUUUUAUCUUUUAUUUCUGGUGUCUAAACAUGUCUGGCCUCUAGUAGCCUUCAAGGCUAGGGGGAGGCUAACAGGCGGUUCAUACUUCUAUAAAACGAGGCGCUGUUAAACGGGGCAAGCCUGGAGAACGGGCAAGCAGCCGCGGGAGGGGGUGAGGGGGAGAUCAUCUGGAAGAGGCGAGAGGAAGUGGUGGCGCGGGAGAGGGCGGAGGCGCUGGAGAGGCAGAGGCUGGCCGAGUACAUUGUGUGGAGGAAGCGGGAAGACUUUCAGGAGAGGCGAGGAGACAGGGAGAGGAGAGACAGGAGCGCCGAGAAAGAAGGCAAGGAGGCCGCGCCAGAAGUCAUCUGGAAGAAGAGGCAGGAAGACGACGCGGAGAGGGAGAGAGCUAAGGACUUUCAGGGCGGACACCAAAUUGUUUGGAGGAAGAAGAAUUAAGUGUGCUUUAAAAAAACAAAAAAACAAGGGUGCUGCUACCAGGAGUUGGACACUAGCCAUAUAUUAGUAAGCCUGCUUUCUCUUUUUUGGCCCAUUGUGGGUUGCAGGUGCGUGUUGUCUUGACCAAUUGAAGCCGUGUGUGUGUGCGUCGCCUUGUUAGUGCGCACGACCCCCUUGCGAUUCCCCUCGCUGGCUGCUAAUAGGGUUUUUAUGGGCCCGUGUCAAGCUGGACAGAGCUGCCGAGGGAGCUGCUUCUCACACACACACGUACUUUUCUCACAGAGCAGUAACACACGCAUAUGCAAGGGGGUGCUGAGAGACAAUCACUUGUGUUGAUUCUUUGUGGUGCCGCUGACAGCUGUGUCCCCAGCCCUCGCUGAGAGGCCAUUAACAAAUACUCUCAGAUAUUGUUUUACAAGAUGGCCAAUUCACUUGACCCAGAUGUCACGAGCUGAUCACACACAAUGAACUCCGAUGUCAACAUGACGACGCUCACGACAAACUGUUUGCAUCCAUAUCCCGCCGUCACCAGGAGCACCGCUCUUUUGCUAAAAGAUCUUUUUAACCCUGCUUUCGUUGUGGAUGAAGCCAUCUUUAAAGCGGUGGGCUCUGGGCCACCUGCUAAUGUGUUCAGAACGGACAAAUGGACAGAUGGAUGGCGCUCUUACACUGACGGAGACGGGCUGAGCGUCCUUAAGAGGGACACUUUGAAUCCUGAAAAAAAGAGACUUUGAUUUAAAAAAAAAAAAAAAAAAAAAAAAAAAACAUCACUAGAGCCUGCGUGGACUUGUGCAGACCUAAAAACUGAUAAGCCACUAUGGAACUUGUCCCAAAAACAAAGUACACCCACUUCAGGAGUGAAUCCCUGAGCUCCACCGACGAGACAAACUCCAAUCCAUCAUCCUUCCCUCCUUCCAGUCCUGCUACCCCCCUCACUCCCUCUCCUGGUUUACCUUCUUCUCUGUCCUCCUCCUCUCUAACCCCCAUCUUGCCCCCCUCUUCUCCCCGCCCACCCGAGAACAGCCCCACCACCCUUUGCUCCUUCUUUCCAAGGAUGGGCUCCCUUCGCCUGGGCGUCUCCGCCACUCUUCUCCCAGGACUCAAGGCCUCCAGCAGACAGCCCCAAGCACACUUGCAGUCUCCCGGGGACGACAGGAGCAGCUCCAGCUCCUCCCCGCCGCUGCAUCACCCGCUACCCCCUUUAACCGCUCCUUCUCCCCCUCCUCGACCACCCCUGCAGGACAUGAACCGGCUGGGAGGGGCAUCCAGGAGGGCCCGGGUCGAGGGAGCUCAGCUGGGAGGCGAUGAGUGGACGCGGCAUGGCUCCUUUGUUAACAAGCCCACCCGGGGAUGGCUGCACUCGGACAACGUGGUCAGCACCACCGGUGUUUCCUACACUGUACGGUACAUGGGUUGCGUGGAGGUGCUACAAUCCAUGCGAGCGCUAGACUUCAACACCAGAACCCAGGUCACCAGGGAGGCUAUCUCGGUGGUGUGCGAGGCCGUGCCUGGAGCCAAAGGGGCCCAGCGCAGGAGAAAGCCGUCCUCACGCUGCCUCACGUCUAUUCUGGGCAAGAGCAACCUGCAGUUUGCUGGCAUGACAAUCAGCCUCACCAUCUCCACCAGCAGCCUCAACCUGCUGGCGUCCGACUGCAAACAGAUAAUCGCCAAUCAUCACAUGCAGUCCAUCUCCUUUGCCUCUGGAGGAGACCCAGACACGGCUGAGUACGUAGCAUAUGUGGCCAAAGACCCUGUCAACCAGAGAGCAUGUCAUAUUCUAGAAUGUUCCGAGGGUUUAGCCCAGGAAGUCAUCAGCACCAUCGGCCAGGCCUUUGAACUGCGUUUCAAACAGUACUUAAAGAACCCGCCCAAACUGGUCACGCCUCAUGACCGAAUGGCUCCAUUUGAUGGCUCUGCAUGGGAGGAAGAGGAUGACGAGGCUGCUCCCCUGCCUGAGGUCCCGUACUAUAACAACUUUCCUGGUAAACAGCCUCCCCCUGGUGGUCUGGUUGACAUGAGAACACGUCCAGGAGCCACACUGCCUUACGGACAGCCGGGUCAGAAUGACAUUCACAAGCAGCCUCUGCCGCCUCUGCCAGUCGGUGCCAAAGAAGGAGGACGAGAGCUGUUUGAUGACCCCUCAUACGUCAACGUGGAUAAACCCCGCCCCCCAGUUGCCGCGAAUGGAAACGCUCACAGAGAUGCUUUUGACAUGAAGCCAUUUGAUGAUGCCCUAGGGGUCUCUGGGCCAGGCUCGGUGACAGCGGCGCCCCCUCUGGUGGAGCAGUUACAAUGCGAGACCUGGUUCCACGGCAGCUUGACUCGCAGGGAAUCCGAGAGGCUGCUGAACCGCGACGGAGACUUUCUGGUGCGAGAGUCGGGAACCACACCCGGACAGUAUGUUCUCACGGGGCAGCAGGGCGGACAGCCCAAACACCUGCUUCUAGUCGACCCGGAGGGAGUGGUUCGUACAAAAGACCAUCGGUUCGAGAGUGUGAGUCACCUGAUCAGCUACCACAUGGACAACAGACUCCCCAUCGUAUCGGCGGGGAGCGAAGUGUGUCUGCAACAGCCAGUAGAGCGCAGAGCCUGAUGUCAUUCAUCCACCAAAUACAACCACGUUCACUCCAAACGUAAAUACACACAAAGAAACCCCCCCCCGCCGCGCCAAAAAAGAAAAGAAUCUCUGCCAUGCUGCUGUUGUAAACCAAACUGUGAAGCGCAGUCCCUCCACCAACCACCAGGCCAAGCCUCUGUCAACUGUGAAGCAGGGAGGAGCCAGGCAACAAACACGGCAAAGACAAGUUCUAAAGAAGACAAACAAACAAAAGUCUUAAUGUGUAAGAAUGAAAGUGAAGUGGGUGCUAAAUGCUUGGAACGCUGUACAAAUGAAUGGAACAUCAUGAGCUUGCAUGCGUUCAUUGGGAGACGUCUUUUCCCUUGCUGGAGUGCAAAACAAAGAAAACAUGAGCUGUACGCCUGUUUUUUUUUUUAAUUCUCAAACACAAACUCUCCCUUCAAGCGUGACUGGAGCUGCAGAAACCUUGGAGAUCAUUUCCACCAACCACUCCCCCCCCCACACCCUUUUAAGGACUUGUGAUGAGCAUGUAUGCAAAACUGGGACUGUUAUGCCAAUCGUCAUCUUGUAUGGUUUAUUUUUUGUUGUUUUUAAAUGGACGUUUUUUGUUUUUUUUAUAUUUGAUGUUAUACUGGAGUUCAUAGGAGGGAGUUUGCACCACCCGUCAUGCCAAAGAAAACAUGAAGACAAACAGAAGAGUCCAAUUAGCAGCCAUGCAAUGCAUAUAAAUGUGACUUACUUUAGUGCUCUUGAAUGCACCACCAGUCAACACAAAUGAAAUGGUGCAAUGAUGUCACCCACAAACACCAGACCAGUUAGUACGGUAUCUGUUGUGUUUGCAUUGACAAUCUACUACUCUAAUACAAUGCAUUGGCACAACAUUGAAUUUAUGCAAGAAAUACAUUCAAAGGCUUACAGUCUGACAGAAAAAUGACCUACCGGUAGUUGGAAUUUGUUUCUGCAAAAAAUGCUGCGUGCCACAUUGACUGGAAAGGAAGUAGUUUUGUGUCAUGAUGUUUGAAUGCCAACUGCACUGCAAAAACCUUAAAUCAAGGUCAAAAACCCGUACUUGGUGGUAAUGGCACAGCGGCACUUGUUCACUUUUUUUUUUUAACUUUAGUCAUGAUUUGAAGUGCAUACGAAAGUAGACAAGGAAAAGUAGAUCUCUUGGGUCACAUGAUAACUUUUUAACAGGCAUAUUACACAACGCAGCGGCAACAGAACCAAUGUUGUAAUAGCACUAAGAAGCUAAAGGAGCAAACUGCUCAGCCAGCAUGAGUUUGUUGUAAACAACAGUAUGACAAGUGUAACACGCAUAACUUUCACACAUUUUAAAGCGCACGCAGACGUGUAUAGCCACUUGUGAUACUUCAAAUGCAACUACUGCGGAACCUUGGUUUUCAUGAUUAAUCCGUCCCAACACCAAACUAUAUGAAAACCAAGGCGUUUGUUUCCAUAAGAAAUAACGUAAAUCCAAUCGUUUUUCUCACCUUCUUUAUCAAAGUGCUGGCACGUAUAACUUUUUUUUGGCCCCAUGGCGCGAUAUUUAGCAGUCAUAUUCGAUAAAAAAUGCACAGACGGUGAGUCUGCGUAGGAUGCCUUGUUUGAGCACCCAAUUUCACGGACUAGUUUGUCACGUGCAAUACAAAAUGUUUGCCGAAAACUGAAUCAUACGAAAAGUGGGCCGUAUGAAAACCGAGGUUUGACUGCAUAGCCGUCUUGUAGAGUUAUUAAUAAAAAAAGAAAAA